AUGGAGAUUGAUAGUGAAGUUGUACAACAAGAAGAUCAACCUGUUGUUGUUGUUGAUCAGAUCGAUCAAUUGGAAGAUAAUGAAAAUAGUGGUGACCAAUUAGUGGAGCAAACUUCAUCAACAGAAUCUUCACCAUUGGCGAUUGAUCAAGAGGAGGAAGUAGAGGAAGAAGAGAACCAAACAGAUGUACAAAAGAUAGAUGAUAAUACCAAUGUAAAUGUUGUUGUUAGUUUAUCUGUAUAUGCAUCGGAUGACACUGCUAACAAUACAACUACCGAUGGUGAUGAUGACCAAUGUAAUAAUAGUCAAACUGAUGUUGCUGCUUCUGACAAUCAACAAUCAAAUCAAGAACAAGUAGAAGUAGAAGUAGAAGUCGAAGUCGAAGUAGAGGUAGAGGUAGAGGUAGAGGUAGAACAACAAUCAGUUCCAGAAACAACACAGCUAGAAGAAGAUCAACAACAACUAGAUCAAUCUGAACAAGUUGUACCAACAAUUACAGAUGAUGUACCAGUACCAGUUACAACAGCAACAACAACUACAGAAGUAAAGGAGACAACAACUGAACAACAACAACAACAACAACAAGAUCAACCAGUUGUGUCAUCUAUUAAUAUUCAUCAUGGUGCUAAAUUGAUUCAAGUUACCGGUAAGAAAGAGCCAUAUCAUUAUAUUCCGGUGCCACUCUCACCAAAGUCAUUGAACUUGAAUGAUGCAUUCAUCAUGCAGAGUGAUAGUUAUAUGUUUGUAUGGUCAACCGACAAGAUUCACUCACAAAAGAAAGCAAAAGCCAUACAAAUGGCUCAAAAGUUAAAAGUUGAAAUUGGAUGUCAAAGAGCUGUACAACCCUUAGAAUUUGGUGAAGAACAUCCAACAUUUAAUUGGUGUCUUGGUGUUCCAAAAGGAUCGAAAUUGGUGGUUACUAAGGAAUCGAGUGAUUUGCUACUGGAUGAAGAUGGUCUCGAGAGAGAACCAGAGUAUUUCUUAUAUAGAGUUGGAAAGGUCGAUGGCAAACUCAAUGUCAUCCCAAUCGAGGAGGAGGUUAUCACACAAGAGAUGUUUGUCCCCACCAGUUGUUUUAUUUUCGAUUGUGAGCAUGAGAUCUAUGUCUGGCAGGGUGAAAAGUCCACUACCGAGGAGAAGGAAGUCUCUAUGACUCUGGCAAAGCGAUUCCUCACCAUGUUUGAGCGUCCUGCCAACACUGCGAUCACCGCAGAGUAUGAUGGAUCCGAGGGUUGUAUAUUCCGCUCAAAGUUUGCCACCUGGAAGGAGAAGGAAGGCAAACCGAUCCAGUCGUACCUGAAUCUCGGCAAGAAGAAAGAAGCACUCAGCUUCAAUGUCAAGGAGAUGCACCAAGAUAAGGAGGUCGCCCAAAUACACCUGGGUAGCAAGGACAGCAAGGGUAAGCUGCUAGUUUGGUCCUAUGUGAAAUCUCAGUGGCAAAAGGUGGAGGAAGACGACUUUGGAAUCUUCUAUUCGAACCGAUCGUACGUGUGCAAUUUCAUCUACAAACCAGACGGAAAGAACUCGAUCAAGUCUGCCAUAUUCUACUGGGAAGGAUGCUACAGCAGUAACAGAGCGUACAUCUCCUACAAAUUCGGACUGUUCAAAGAGAUUCAAAAGAAGAUGCAAUCACUUCAAUCCGACGAUCCAAUCGAGUACAGAGUCGCACAGGGUAGAGAGCCAUAUGAAUUUAUUCAACUAUUUGGAAAUGAGACAAUUGUAUUAAAUGAGGAAUUAUCUUUGGCAAAACCAAUGAUGUUCCAAAUUAGAGGUGAAGAGGGUAAUGUUAGAGGAACUCAGGUGUCAGAGAUAUCGGCAUCGAGAUUAUGUUCGUUGGAUUCCUUCACAAUCAUUCUGCCAAAGAAAUGUAUUUUAGUGUGGCAUGGUAAAGCCAGUAACGAUGCAGAGAGACAGUUGGCGUCGGAUCUCUUCACUUUCUUACCACCAGAGUUUGAAGCCGGUGUCAGAGAGAUUGAGGAGGGCGAAGAGCCAGAGUCGUUCUGGAAGAUCAUUGGUGGCAAACAAGACUAUCCAUCGCUGGACUCCGAUGAGAAGCCAAAGAAGAACAAGCUGUUCCUCUGCACUGAGAACUCUGGUAUCUUCAAGGCCGAAGAAGUAAAGCCAUUUGCACAGGUCGAUUUGAAUCACGAGGAGAAUUUGAUUCUCGAUCGUCACAACUCACUCUAUGUAUGGAGAGGAACCAAGACUACCGACGCCAAGUUUGAGAUGACAAUGAAGGUUGCCCAAGAGUACUUGGAGACUGCCGAAGACGAAAGACCAGAUGGUGUCACUGUACAAGUAGAGAAUGACGGUGAGGAGUCUGCCGCGUUUAGAUCAGCUUUCAUUUCCUGGAAGAUUACGAAACCAAAGGUUUUCAUUGAUCCACGUGAAGUCAGAACACAAAAAUUGGCAUCCGAAGAGCAACAAAGAAAGUUGGAAGAACAACAAAAGAAAUUGGAAGAGCAACAAGCUGCUGCCGCUGCCGACUUACUGGCUGAAAAUACCAACAGUUCUACACCAGCAACAACCGAUUCCAAUCCACCAACUGAAGUUACUACACAAGUCAAAGAGGAUGUUGACGAACAAGUAGUAGUAGUCGAAGAGAUCAAAGAGGAGCAAGUCAAUCAAGUUGAAGAAGUCAAGGAACAAGUUGAUGAGCCAACAACCAAAGAGAAUGUUGAGGAAGUAGAAGUAGUAGUUGAAGACAAUCAAGUAGAAACUGUUGAACAAACAACAACAACAACAACAACAACAGACACUGAGGUAAUUGAAGAAAAGGUGGAAGAGAAAAAUGUAGAUCCAGAUCCAUCUUCUUCUUCUUCCGAGUUAACAGAGGAAACACCUUCAAUUAUUACAACACCACCAUUGGAAUCUCAAUCGUCUGAAGCAACUCCAGAGAGAGCAAUCGGUAAAUCAGGUAAACCGCCCAUGCAUCCAAAGAGCAAUAACGCCGGUGACGCUGUUACCAUGUCAGAGAGUGGUGAUCUUUUGUUCUCAUACGAUGCCUUCAAUAUAAUGAAUAGUCCAAAAUCGAUGGCAAAGAAAGGAAAGAAAAAGAAGAAUAGAGCAAGAUCUCUCAGUCAGAAUAGUACACCUACAUCGUCACCGAUCUCAAAGUCGUGCGAGUUGCCACCACCCGAAUUCACACUCGACAACAACAGUGGAUCGACGUCGAGCAGCAGUAACAGCAGUCCUCACCUCACUCGUAGAAAGGCAAAACACAGUCGUACUGGAUCACAUGGAUCACCUCUACGUCUCGGUAUCAAUCACAAUUCGAACAACAACUCUAGUUUCUCUCCAAAAAUCAAAAGUGGAUUGAAUGAUUCGACAUCUUCAUCAACCAAUGAUGAUGAUCAAUCAAUUUGA